CUCGAACGGCUUCUCGACACAUCUAGCCGAAAAGGUUUAUAAGGAUGUCUCUACCUUACAGUCGGCAGAUCCAACUGUCCACACACAUGGCACAGACCCAGAUGGCCACAGCACACCCAACUUGAGAGUCCUUCUUUUUAGCCUCCAAUGGACAAUCUCCUUCAUUAAUUGCUGUACUAGAGAGUUGCUUCCACCAUUAACUCCCCCAUAUAUAACUUCCCUUCAACUGGCAUCACUUUUCACUUGACUAAAGCCAUUCCUCUGCUUCAAAACUACCGAGACCCAGAAUCAUUCAUUCUACCCCCAAAAUCUGCAAGCUUUCAGCCCUAAAAAGCAAAGAGAGAACCUUGUGGAGAAGAGAAGUUGGACAAGUGGUGCAAAUGGUGUUCUUCUGCUUUCUUGUGGAUCAGCAGAGGAAGGUGAAGAGCAGCAAGCCAGCGGCCGGGAUCUGCUCAAGGUGCGGCGGUGGGGCCAGCGUCGCCGACAUGAAAACCGCCACUCGAUUCAUCUUCGUCCCCUUUUAUUGGAAGUCCUGGAGAGCCAUAAUCUGCACCUUCUGUGGAGCCGUUCUUCGGUCUUACGGAUGAAAGUUUUGAGGGAGAAGCCGUAACAUUUUGGUCAGGGUGAUGGGUUCGCUAGGCUUGGCUUGGUCCAGCAUGUUAACUUCUGGAGUUAUUAUAUAUCCGGAGGCCUGGAUUCUUUCCAUCUUUUUCAGUUCUUAUCCUUUUGCUGGAUUAUGAAUAGAUGGAUGGCUUUGGUUAGGGAAGUUAGUAUCUUGGUAACGACGUGUAUCUUCAUGCUCUGUUUUUUUUCAAUGGAGGUGCAAAUUAUAUAAUUCCUCUGCUAAUGUUUUCUCUCUC